AUGGCUUCAGUUGAAGAAAAAAUCGAUGAUCUAAAAAUUCAAGACGGAUCAACCGAACAAAAAAUCACACCAUGGGAAGUUGAAGGUGCUGUAGUUGAUGGAAAAGCACAAGGUAUAGAUUAUGAUAAAUUAAUUAAUCAAUUUGGAACAAAAGCUAUAACUCAAGAAACAUUAGCAAGAUUCAAAGAAGUCACAGGUCAAGAGCCACAUCCGUUUUUAAAAAGAGGAGUGUUUUUUUCAGAAAGAGAUUUACACAGAAUAUUAGAUUUAUAUGAACAUGGAGAAUCAUUCUUUUUAUAUACUGGUAGAGGUCCAUCUUCUGAUUCAAUGCAUUUGGGUCAUAUGGUACCUUUUAUAUUCACAAAAUGGUUACAAGAAGUAUUUGAUGUUCCAUUAGUUAUUGAAUUAACUGAUGAUGAAAAAUUCUUAUUUAAACCAAAAUUAACCAUAGAUGACGUUAAAAAAUUUGCAGUUGAAAAUGCAAAAGAUAUCAUUGCAGUUGGGUUUAAACCUGACAAUACUUUCAUAUUUUCAGAUUUACAAUAUAUGGGAGGUGCAUUUUAUGAAAAUGUUGUAAGAACUUCAAGACAAAUUACACAAUCAACAGCAAAAGCAGUAUUUGGAUUUAAUGAUUCAGAUUGUAUUGGUAAAAUCCAUUUUGCAAGUAUUCAAAUAGCUACUGCAUUUCCAUCAUCAUUUCCAGACGUAUUAAAUCUACCACCAAAAACCCCAUGCCUUAUUCCAUGUGCUAUAGAUCAAGAUCCAUAUUUUAGAGUUUGUAGAGAUGUUGCAGAUAAAUUAAAAUUUUCUAAACCUGCUUUAAUUCAUGCUAAAUUUUUCCCAGCUUUACAAGGUGCAACAACAAAAAUGUCAGCUUCUGAUACAACUACUUCAAUUUUUAUGGAUGAUACACCAAAACAAAUACAGAAAAAAAUUAAUAAAUAUGCAUUUUCAGGAGGUCAAGCUUUAGCUGAAGAUCAUAGAAAAUAUGGUGGUAAUCCAGAUUUAGAUGUUGCUUAUCAAUAUUUAUCAUUUUUCAGUUAUGAUGAUGAAAAACUAGAAAAAUUGUCAGAAGGUUACAAGAAAGGUGAGAUUUUAUCAGGAGAAAUGAAAAAAGAAUGUAUUGAAGUAUUACAAGAAUUUGUUGCUGCUUAUCAAAAAAGAAGAAGUAAAGUUAAUGAAGAAGUUGUGAAUAGUUUCAUGAAACCUCAUAUGUUAGUAUAUGGUAAAGAAGAAAGAAAAGUACCAGCUAAAGAAAGACAAAAGAAGAAGUAA